ACCUUGCAUCAAAACUGCUUUCCUCGCGCGCCAUCGCCAUACAGGUACAGCUUGCGCAACCCGCACAAGCCGCGCAGAUUCCGUCCGGAGCGCACCGGAGCGAGCGUGAUGGAAGUUUGACGGCGUCACGUGUGUUGUUAGUGCAGUGCUAAAGUGCCCAUGGAGGGAAAAAUCUCGCACAGCGGCCUCCUGGCCCGCAGCCCUGAGGGCCACGCGGCCCGAGGCAUGCAGAUCAAGGGCAACGAGGACGUGUGGGUGGAAAUACAGGCCAACACCUUCAGGAAUUGGGUGAACGAACACCUGCCGCAGAACCUGAGGGUGGCGGACCUGUCGCAGGACCUGUGCACGGGGGUGAGGCUGUGCGCGCUGGUGGAGGCGCUGAGGGGGCAUCCGCUGAAACCCGCGUGGAACAAGAGGCCGGCCAACCAGCACCACUACCUGGAGAACGUCACGACGGCGUUGAGCGCUAUCGAGCAGGAUGGGGUCAAGCUGGUUAAUAUAGGCAACCUCGACAUUGUCAACGGCAACCUGAAGCUAAUUUUGGGUCUAAUCUGGUCCUUGAUCGUCCGCUACCAAAUAGGUCGAUCCAAGUUCCCUCCACGAAAACUGAUGCUGGCGUGGCUCCAGGCCGUUCUACCGGAGUGCAAAGUAGGCAAUCUCACCACAGACUGGAACUCUGGGGUGCUAUUAUCAGCCCUAGUAGACUACUGCCAGCCUGGCCUUUUCCCUCACUGGAGAAAAUUAGAUAAGAGUAACAAUAUUGAAAAUUGUCGACGUGCCAUGGAUAUAGCCCAACGCGAUCUGGGAAUUCCUGCUGUCCUUGAACCGGAAUAUCUAGCGUCGCCGUGGUUAGACGAACUAUCCGGCAUGACGUACUUAUCGUACUUCAUGAAGCCUGGCUCUCCUGGUUUUCACGCCACUUUAAGAUGGGUCAACUCACGACUAGAAAGACCGGUCAACAAUUUCACCAGCGACUGGAACGACGGAAAAGUAAUCAGCGAAAUAAUCCGUUCCCUCGGUGGAUCCGCCCCAGCUCCAGAAAAACUACGAAGCGAGUCCCAGUAUUGGGAGUCCAACCUUUACCAAGCCUUAGACGCUGGAAAAAGACUAGGUGUACAGCCCAUAUUAUCAGCCAAGGACAUGGCAGACGUACACGUCGAGCAUUUGGGAGUGAUGGCGUACGCCGCGCACUUCCAGUGGGUGCCAGAGAGGCCUCCGUUGCACGACCUGCUCAACGUAACCCUUAAUUCUACUUCGGGAAGGGUCGGAGAACCUACGCACUUCCAAGUGAACCUCUUGGAUUCUUCCCUCUCACAUUCCUAUGUCUCGGUUGAAAUACGCGGACCCGAUAACAAAAUCUACCUGGUGAAAAACCUGAAGCAAGGAAGAGGUCUUUUCGUGCCUCAGAAAGUUGGUAUGCAUGAAAUCGUCGUCAAGUACGAAGGACAGGAAGUUGUUAGUGGCCACUAUUUCCGCGUAUUACCUCAACUUGUGGAAGUUGCUCCUCCGGGAAUGGCGCCGUGUGCUUUAGGGUCUUUGGUUCAAGUGCUCGUGAAUGCCACAGGAGCACCCAGAAGGGAGGAUAUUUUGGUGACGGCGUACAGUCCUACAGGAAGGCCUUUAAAUUGUCCGUUGAAGACGAUCGAUGGUACCAAUAGUGCUACGUUUAAGCCGGAUGAAGCCGGAGAAUGGAGGAUCGAGAUUACGUAUCAAGGAAAACAAAUCCAGGGCGGUCCUUUCACAUGCUCAGUCUUCGAUCCAAACGGCGUCCAAGUUUCCGGUUUAGAAGGAGCCUUACCAUUGGUACCACACAGCAUAGACUUGGACUGCAGAGCAGUGGGAGUACCAGGAGAAGUCUACGCCGACAUAGUCCACGACAAACGUUCAGUACACUGUAGGGUCGAACGAGUCAACUCCUCCGGUCUUCUUUACAGAAUCCACUUCACCCCAAAAGACGUCGGAAAACAUCGCGUGUAUGUUUACUUUAACGGCUACGACGUCAAGGGUUCACCUUUCAUGAUGAGGGUUGGAACGCAGAAACGUUCAAAAUCCUCGAGCAGUCCCAGUCCUAAUUCCACAUACAGACAAAGUCCAACUAGUCGUUACUCAAAUUCUAGUCCAAUCAAUCACGUAAAGAACUCCAGUUAUAGUAACUAUAGACAAAAUGCAAGUCCUGUAAUGAGCGAGACACAUAAGUAUGCCCAGGACUACCACAAGAUGUCGUUGGCAGAAAAAAGAAAUUCUCCCAGUUUUAACGAUCGCACAAGUAGUCCUAGUUACUUAAAUCGGACUAAUAGUCCAAGUUACAUGCAACGAACUCAAAGUCCCAGUUACAACAGAUCUGAUAGCCCUGAUUAUAUUAGUAGUAGGAGGUUAAACGAGAAACGAUUCGACACUGCUAGUCCCAAUUUUGCCAAAAAAGCAGAGUACGACUCCAACUAUACAUCGAAGAUGUCUUCCAUGAGGAUUUCUGAUUCCAGAAGCCCGAAUUUCGUAGAAAGGUCUAGUCCAGAUGUUGGGUACAGCUUGCGGUACGAAAAACGCGUCAACGAAAGUAGAACCUUCACGAAUUCGUUCGAUCAGAACGAUGGCAUAGAUACUAGUCCUAUUGUUAAGGUUUCUGCUCUGACCGAUCAGUCUUCUGCUAGAAGAGAUUCCUGGGAUGCCAUUGCCAAAACUCGAAAUAUCCUCUCUGAACGAAGUUUGGAAUCAGUGGCCAAUUUAACAGAUUCACAGCUAGAUGCAGACUUGCGCAGAAGAAAAGUCGAAGAACAUAAUAAAGUUUUCUCACAGGAACACAACUACACGUCAUCACAGAAGUACUCCAACAACAUAGAUAUCUAUGGGGAAAGAGACAAAUACGACAGACGUUCGCCUUCAGGGUAUAGAAAUGUUGUAAGAAAUGGGGGCGCUGCUGCUGUUAAAGUACAACCCGUACCUGACGGAGUUUUAGGACAGCCUGUAGAAUUCGAAAUUGAUGGAAGUGGUGCCGGUUCCGGUGAUUUGGAAAUUCUGGUUGAGGGAGGCCGCGUUACUUCCAGUGUUAGAAGUCUAGGGGGACAACGAUUUAAAGCUGCGUUCACACCGCAUCAAGCUCUGCCACAUCGUGUUGACAUUAAGUUUAACGGUGAAACGGUGCCAGGAAGUCCCUGGCAUGUAAACAUCAUGUCGAACUCGAAUCUGUCGGUUUUGGGAGAAACGACACGGCUAGUACCGGCCAACACCUCGGCAGUUUUUGAAAUUAUUACUAGUACCAAUGUAGCACCGGACGAUUUGAUGGUGCACGUUAUUUCACCGAGUAAAAGGGCGGUGCAGGCCAGAGUACUACCGGGAAACAGAACCGGAGUGCAAAGUGUGGAGUUCGUACCGACCGAAGUUGGUACUCACAUUAUUGAAGUUACUGUUAACGGAGACAAGUUACCUUCGGGGCCUUUAAUCGCUAAAGUUUACGAUGCGGGGUUAAUACAAGUGGCCGAUGUCAGCGGAGGGGUUGUAGGUCAACCUGUCCAAUUUAGAGUGGACGCAAGUCAGGCCGGCGAAGGCCAGUUAGAAAUCUCCAUCAACGAAGGAGAAGUCCCGAACCACGUCCAGGUGGUAGGCGGCGGCCGCUGCCUCGUAUCCUUCACCCCCGACCAAGCGAAACCCCACCUUAUCGACAUCAAAUUCAACGGCGAAACCGUCCGAGGAUGCCCUUUCGUCUGCUCGGUGUCUGACACCAGUCGAGUGACCCUCAGCUUAUCCCACUUAGAGCUCGUCCCCGUAAACCAGCCCAGCUCUUUCCACAUGGGGGUGGCUGGGGGCGGCGCCGCAGAACUAGCCGUGGCCGUGCGCGGCCCCAUCGGGGAGCUUCCAGUGAAAGUCACCGGGGACAUCCACUCGGGCUUCACCGCCGAGUUCACCCCAGCCCAGGUGGGGGCGCACCAAAUCAGCGUAGAUUACAACGGGAGACCCGUCCAGGGCACGCCGUUCAUAGCCAAGGCCUUUGACUCGAAUAAGGUCACGGUGGGGACGGUGGCCAGAGGGACCGUAGGCCGGCCUGUGACCUUCUCGGUUGAUGCCAGUGAGGCAGGAGAAGGCAACCUGGAGAUAACCAUAAGUGCCAGGGGUUUGAACAUCCCCACGCAAGUGCACCCGCAAGGCAACGCGAGGUUUGCAGUGAGUUUCGUGCCAGCGGAGGCCUGUGACCACGUUGUGAAUGUUGCUUUUAAUAAGAGACCUGUGGUGGGAUGUCCUUUAAUUGUUAGUGUAGGAGGAGGAGGAAAUGGACCCAGUGUUACUUUGCCGGGGCCGGGGCCUGUGCACAGGCCUAGCACUUUACUCAUUAAUCAUCCUGGAAGACUCGAAGAUAUUGAGGUUAAUGUUGAGGGUCACCGUCGACUAUUGUAUUAGAAAAACUUUUACUAACGUAUCUGUAUCCUUCUCUAACGAUCCUUCUUCCCUCACCUUCUAAAAUAUUAUUUUUUAAUAAAUUCUUCUUUUACGAUUUUUUUUAUAAUUUAAAUCUUUUCAUGGAAUGUUUUACUUUGGCAGCGGUCUAACCACUGGAGAACUACACCACAAGUUCUCCUUCAACUCAUUUCAAUAAAUAAAACUGCUAUUGCCAUUCGCGUGUGAUUACAUCAAUUUUAUGCUAGUCACUUUGAUUUCUUUAAAACGCUGGCGUGAGUUCCAUUUUUACACUGUUUACAUUAUUUUCCACACUUUAAUUAGAGAAAAUAACUUCGAUGCAUACAUUUUAGGGUUCAUAGAGCUGUCUAAGUAAUCUGCAAUUUUAUACCGAAAUUCAAUUAAGUGAAUACCGAACAAAUCAGAAUUGCACAUAAAUUAACAAAGUUGAAUCGAUUUAAGUCAAUUAAAACUUUCAUUGGUGAAAUUUUACAAGAACUUGAUCUCCCGAAGUCUCAUCUCAUCACUCUUAUCGUAAAUAAGAACCGAACGCACAUUAAUUAAUUGAUGUGACAGGAAUUGUAAUGAUGAGCUGUGGAAAUCGAGAAAACUUUCAUUCACUAUUAUUUCUACAAAAGAGAAAGACGAGAUCUUCAUCCGUUUCUAGUUUUUCCAUUUUCGAUUUAAACAGCAUUUUUUUGAAUUUAGUUUUUUAUUGACAAUACAACGAAAUUCAUCAUUAUGAAAUUUAAAUGUUUUAGGAUGAUUUACACAUAGGAAGCUAAUAAUUUUUUGAGCGACAUAUCUUGUUCCUGAGUAGAUCAACUUUGUUUUGCCCCCUUGCGCUACAUUUUCUUUAAUUAAUUAUAUGAUUACCGGUUUUUUUAGAAUUCUAAUUACUGUAAUAUGAUAAAACUUGUAAGUUUGAAAACAUGUUUUGUGCCCUAUAAAUUGUGUCGAAACUGCAGCCUAUAUUGUCCCCUCAUAGAUAUAAUGGUUGGAGGCUCCGAAAUAGCAAACGUAUUGUCCGCCAAUUUACAAUAGUGAUGGUUUCUUGCAUUUUAUAUUUAUGAAGUAGAAAUCCUUCGAUUUUAAUGUUUAUUCUCUCAUUAAUUAUGCAAAUAUUAAAUUUGUAACAACCGGAACUAAAAUUUAAAAAAAAUGAAGAACGAACUUUUAUUAAAGAGAAUUGAUUUUCGUGUCGAGAAAAAGUAACGAAUGGAAUAAUUUUCAUUUGAAAACAAAAACACAGAAGUUCCAGAACUAUAGGUUAAGGAAGAAUCGUUUCUAUUUCUAUAAUUGUGUUAACUAGCAAAAAAUAUGGAAUCUCGAAAUAUUUUGAACACGUUUCACCCUAAAAUUUUUCAAAUUUUUUGUCAGUUACACGGGCACUUAAGACUAAUAUAUAUAUAUAUACAAAUAGAAGUAUCGUUACAACAUAAAUUUGUCGACUCAUCUUUAAAUAAUUGCUCUAUUUACAUACUCUUUUCAAUAUAAAUAAAUUCUUCCAAAUUAUUUUGUUGUUAAAAUCCACUUAUGUUAACAAUUUUAUUAAUUAAACCGAGGAACUUUUUUAGUACGCUCGAAAGAUUUUUAACUCGACUGUCCCCUCAUUUCUCAGUUUUUUACGCCAAUAAUUUUUUAAUAACCAUUUCUAACAUUAAAAUUGUGUAUAUACUUUUUUAAGUAAACAUAGUAAAAAAAUAACAAAAUAAAAAAUCUGUAAAAACUGUAUUUUAAAAAUAUCUCAUGGCGAAAUAACUGGAAAAAUCAGUCAAGAAAUUGCCCAAAUUGCUCUCCAUAUAUUGUUUAUCAUGAAAUGUGCAAACUGGUAUUUUGAAAAAGCAAAUCACAUAUAUUAUAUAGUUACGCCCAAAAUAAAGUGGGCUGCCUAUCAAAAUGUCAGCAAAAUUUUAGAGAUGUUUGUUUUUUUUUUUGUUCAAUGCAUACAACAUAAAAUCUGUUUUUUUUAUUCAGUUCAUUAUUUUAUAUCCCUUUUGAAUUUUUUAAAAAUUUUGGGAUGUUCUAAUGCGCCUAUACAAAAACCGGAAAUUUUAAAAGUCUAUACGCACGUCAUAAACUGGGCAUUUAUUUUCUUGUCUCAAACUUAAAAAAAAUUAUUUGUUCUCAAUAUUUUGAACCUUUUUUAGGGAUAUUGUAGCAUUCUUGAAACUAUAAAAUUUACUUGGUGAAUAUUCUGUGCUGCUAUGCCUAUAUAUCCAGCAUCUCUUGUUGCAUAUAUAUCAAAAUAUAAACCAAAUUACAAAAACUCGGAAAUCUAUGAAUAUAAUUUGAGAAAUUCGGGCAAUCUGCAUCAACCAUACGCUAGAUUAAAAAUUUCUCAAAAUAAUCCAAAUAUACUGAUACUAUAUUAUUUAAUAGACUACCACAUAAAUUAAAGCAACAACAGUCUGAAAUAUUAUUCAAAAAUAAAAUAAAAUGUUUGCUACUGAGGAAAAGCUAUUACUCUGCGGAUGAAUUUCUAAGAGAUAGCUUUUAAUGUUAUUAUUGUAGUUUUGCCUAGCCUUAAAAUCUGAAACUUACUGUUAAAAAGUUCAAAUUUAAUGGUGAAUAAUUUAUUACUAUUAUGUAUUGUAAUUUUUCAAAAAUUUUACAACCUCAAACUUUUAAAUAUUUUUGUUAUUUAUUGUUAUAAGUAUUAAAAAAAAUAGCUUAAUGACUAUAGUUUUAGGUAUGUCGUAUAAAUUAUUUACAUUUAGUCAAAAAAUUAAAACUUCCCGGAAAUUAUAAUGCCCCCAUACAAAAGGCGGGAAUUUUAAAAUCCCGAAUAGUCUAAAGGUCGGUUUACAUUACGGAAUUUUUCUUAGGAAAUUUCUUAAACAAAUUCCUUAUGAUUUUCUUAUGAUUACUUAGGAAUGAACACUAUUGUCGGUAUUCGAGUUUUGGAGUUUACAUUAUCGUGAAAUAACUUGUGAUUUUGUUAUGAUUAGUUUUGAUAUUUAAUCUUAAAUUUAAAGAUUUCUAACCUAGGCAGAGGUGACAACUGUGCUUCUCGUAAAGUAUGUAUAUCUUGAUAACAACAACAAAAUCAUUAUUUUUAUUUGUUAUUAUAAUAUUAUAAGUGCUAGAAUGAAGAUAAGUCGAUCAUUCCUAAAGUUUGUUUUAUUUUUGUAUUAAACAAUUACUGGGAAUAAAUCGACAGUAUUGAAAGAACAUGAACCAAAAUACAAAUUAAUGAGUUUCUAACCUCACAAAAUAACAGCCGCUGUACAGAAACGGCGCUAAAUUUAAAAUUAAUGAUAGGAACAAGAAAUAGCUACCGUCGUACAAUCACUUAUGAUUUCUUGAGAAUAUUCUUAUGAUUUUACUUGUGACCUUAAGUCUAUACCAAACAUACAAAAACUAAGAAUUUAUUUAAGUAUAUUUACUUUUACCAUACUUAAACAAAAUUUUUAUGUUCUCAGUAUUUUGAACCUUGUUAGGAACAUUUUAGCGUCCUUGGAACUAUAAAAUUUACGUGGUGAAUAUUCUAUUUAUCGUAAAUUUUCAAAAAUUUUGCAACCUCAGGCAUUAAAUAUUUUUCUCCGAAGCAAUUUUUUUUUGUCUAAAUUCGAUUUUUUAGACAGCCUAUGUAUUCUUACAAUAAAAAAAAACUAGCUUAUUGACUAUAGUUUAAGGUAUGUCGUAUACAGGCUGAUUUUUUUUAACCUGAAACUUUUAAAUAUCUCGAAAAAGAAGCACUCUGUGAAAAAAUGUGCAGAAUCAAAAUUUAAUCAUGUCGUGGGGAAUUUUUUACAUUUAGUCGUAAAAAUAAAAAAAUUGGGGACAUUAUAAUACUCCCAUACAAAAGGCGGGGAAAUACAAAAGUCUCAAAUAAUCUAAGUCUAUACCAAAUAUGUAUAUAAAAACUAAUAAUUUAGUUAAAUAUAUUUGCCUUAAAACAAUUAUUUAUGUAUUUUGAACCUUUUUAGGAACAUUUUAGCGUCCAUGAAACUAUAAAAUUUACUUGAUCAAUAUUGUAUGUAUUGUAAAUUUUCAAAAAUUUAUUAACCUGAACAAAUAUUUUUUUAAAUUUUUGUUCGUCUAAAUUCAAUUUUUCAGACAGCCUAUGUACUGUUGAAGUGAAAAAAAACUUCAGCUUAUUGACGAUAGUUUUAGGUAUGUCGUAUAUAACUUUUACAUUUUUUUUCUGAUUACUUCUAUAAAUUUAUAAAAAAUAAAUAAGCUAUCAAAUUAUUAGUUAUAAUAAUAAUAAUUAUCGACUUGUAAAGACUGGCAUAUUAUUUCCUUAACAAGUUAAUUAUUUUAUUAUUUCUAAUGCAUCGAAAUACAUGUUUCAAACUGAAAAAAUUUCACCACUCAUUUUUACAAAUUGAUUGAUCAAUUAUUAAGGAAAUGUGUUACAUGUGACUCGUUUCUUUUAGUUAUAAGCAAUUAUAACAAUUUGCAAAUACCUUAACCAAACAGUUAAGUCAUGAUCUAAAUUAGUUUACGUAAAAGUUACUCUGGUUAAGGACAGUAAAGACUUAAUUCGGAAGUUUGCCUAAAAUUAAUUAUAGCAACAUCACCUUUUGUACAAGAAAAAAAAUGUAUUUGAAACCUACUUUUGUAACAGUACUACAUAACAUUUUUUUGUCAGUGAUUUUUAUCUUGAAUAUAUACUUUUACUUUCCUUCAGCAUGAAUAGCCCAAAUUGGUCCUCUACUAAGUGCCGGUGUAAAAUCUAUAUUCAAAUCUAAAAUUUGUAAAAAUGGAAACUCAUUCUAGUCUCUAGAACAAAUACGUAGAUCAAUUUUUUAUUUUUUAUUAUUAUUUUUUUUUAAUCUUUAAACAAAGGACUAGUCAACACAGUUCGUAUUGUAGAUGUGAUCAUUAUACUGUACGUACAAAAAAAAUGUGCACAUUGUGCAACAAAUUUAGCAAAAGAAAAAAUUAUGAAAACGUUUAAGUGAUUUGACAAUAAGGGUAAAUUUUGGACAAUUUUUUUGAGAAUUGUUUCUCAUUGAAAAUUACGAAUUCAACAACUUAUUCUGCCUCUUUGGCUUUUCUUGCUGAAUUUAUUGCACAUUUAGUUGCACGGUUUAUUUAAAAAAAAAUACGAAUUUACACUAAUCGCUAUGAACAAGUUCUAGUAUUAAAAGAAUGAUAACCGCUGUGAAGUUACUCGGUCUCUAAAACAUUUAAAACUAAAUUAGUGUAUCAUUAACGUAAUUACUUUUAAAUUGCAUGUGACGCCAAUCUAAUUGUCACUUAAUCGGAACGAUUUUCACCGCCUUUACGGUCCGUAUUUAAGUAUUUGUCACCAAGAGCAAACAAUUUACCGUCUAUUUUUUUUUAUUGUUGCAACUUAAACCAUGACAAUUGUAUAAUAACGUAUCAAUGUUACGUAAACAAAUUACACUUAUAUAGUAAACUACUUAAACGAAAAUAGUAAAUAACUUCCUAUAAAUAAAUAAACGUGAAAUUCGAUGAUUAAUGCUUGCGUGUGCAUCCCACUGACCUACUAAAACGCGAAUUUCAGCCAGACUUAAUACAGUUAACAGAUGUUCAAUGCUGUAGCAAAUUAAACUCCUAACUAGUCAAUUAUAUUUAAUUUCAACAAUUCCAUCAGCCGUAGAGUAUCUCUGUAGAUAAUUUCCGCACUUUAUUUCUAUUGUUCACUAACAAACUCUUCACUUUCUACAAUCCAUCUGUGUCUUAAACAUUCUGUGUAGCUUUUGGGUAUUUUCACUCGACCUUUUCACACUUAUAUUCACACAUGCACAUGAGUACAUCGCUCUUAUCAAAAUUGCUAAAACAUUCCAUGAUCGACACGAUCUAAUCAUUGCAAAAUUAACGUAAAAAUUUGAAAAACUCCACCCCACUCCCGUUCCCAUUUAAAUUAAUCGUCUCGGACGGCUAGGCCCGGGAGGUCAAGCGGUACCAACUCAGGUACAACCGCUGGGAAACUCUCAGUUCCGAGCCGAGUUUGUCCCGAGAGUUG